UAUAUCCCGUCUGGCCUGGGAACACCUUUGAAUCCCCCAGGAGGAGCUAGAAAGCGUUGAGAAGAAGGAAGUCUGGGGCGACUUGCUUGCUGCCACUGCGACCCUACCCUGGAUAACUUGGAAGAAAAUUCGGGGAACAAGAUGACUAUUUUGAUGUGACAAAAAAGAAAGGGUUCCUCAUAAAUGCUUCUAUGAAAUUAAAACCCUUCAGUACUGAAACCUUUGGAGUUCCAUUUAAAAGACAGAAUGCUACUCAAACAAACAUUAUAUAUUGCAAUAAAUUAAUAUCUGAUCUUAUGGAUGUGGCAAGGGGCAAUAAGGGUUGGUGUAUAAUAGACAACAAAAAUCUAACUGACCCCACGACGCCACCUGGGGAAUUUCACCCCAGGAAAUAUAUAAACACCUUAAUCAGACAAAAGCAACACAGGUUCAACAACUGAAUCAAGACAGAGACGUGGUUCCAAAAGAAAAUGUAAAUUUAAUGAUUACUGAGACUGCUCCCACUACAAUCGAUAUCAGUUGCUAGCCUGUUUGCAUUAUUUUUUUCUCCAUCUUCUUUACAUCAGAGCAACCAUCAACACAUUUCAGUGAAAUUAAACUCUUUGGGUAGAUGAUAAACCACCAAGAGGUUUCUGGAGCACACGUCCACAAUGUUUUGCCCCAUCUACAACAGCCUGCACCUUUGACUUGUUUAGGUUUCAAUCUACCUCAUGCUUAACUGAUUGCUGCCUCCAUACUCUGUAGAUUUAUAACACGUUCCCCUGGCUGAUGAAGUGGCUGCCUGGAUCUCACAACAAGAUUUUAACUAUGUUCAAAAGGAUCGUUGACUUUGUUGAAAUCAAGGUCAAAGAACACAGAGAUAGUCUAGACCCGUCCUCACCAAGAGACUACAUCGACUGCUUCCUCACAGAGAUGGGAGAGAGAGACGAAAAAGAUUCUAGUUUUGAUAUCGAGAAUUUGUGUUCUUGCACUCUGGACCUGUUUGGUGCUGGAACUGAAACUACUACCACUACUCUACACUGGGGACUGCUGUACAUGAUCUACUACCCUCAAAUACAAGAGAGAGUCCAGGCUGAGAUAGACGCUGUGAUUGGUUCAUCCAGAGCGCCCUCUCUAAAUGACAAAGAAGACAUGCCCUAUACUAACGCAGUCGUUCAUGAGAUCCAGAGAAUGGCCAACAUCAUUCCCCUUAAUGUGGCCCGCAUGGCAACCAAGGACACAACACUCGACAAGUACACAAUCCCAAAGGGCACCAUCAUCAUGCCCACCCUGAACUCGGUUCUUCACGAUGAGACGAUGUGGGAAACUCCACACUCCUUCAACCCUCAACACUUUCUGGAUCGGGACGGCCAGUUUAGGAAGAGAGAGGCCUUCCUUCCUUUCUCAGCAGGGAAGCGUGUGUGUAUCGGGGAGCCGCUGGCUAAGAUGGAAAUAUUCCUCUUUUUUACCUUUUACCUUCUUCAGAGGUUUUCUUUCUCUGCAGCUGACGGAGAGCAGCCCAGCCUGGAUUUUGUUCUAGGAUUCACUCGCAGUCCCAAACCUUACCGCCUCUGUGCUGUACCCCGAUGAA